GGCAGCUGGGCGCCAUGGAGAAGAUCCCUAUAUUAGGCCUGGGCACCUGGAAGGCCUCUCCAGGAGAAGUGACUGAUGCAGUAAAGGUGGCUAUUGACCUGGGGUACCGACACUUUGAUUGCGCUUACUUAUACCACAAUGAGAGUGAAGUUGGAGCAGGAAUCCAUUACAAGAUCAAGGAGGGUGUUGUGACUCGAGAGGACCUGUUCAUUGUCAGUAAGCUGUGGUGCACCUACCACAAGAAGUCCUUGGUGAAAACAGCAUGCAUCAUGAGUCUAAAGGCCUUAAAGUUGGAUUACUUGGACCUCUACCUCAUACACUGGCCCAUGGGUUUCAAGCCUGGAGAAAAAGAGUUGCCUUUAGAUCACAAUGGCAUGGUUAUACCCAGUGACACGGACUUCCUGGACACAUGGGAGGCCAUGGAGGACCUGGUGAUUGCUGGACUGGUGAAGAAUAUUGGAGUGUCAAACUUCAACCAUAAACAGCUUGAGAAGAUUUUAGAUAAGCCUAAUUUGAGGUUCAAGCCAAUAACUAACCAGAUUGAAUGCCACCCAUAUCUUGCUCAGAAGAAACUCAUUAGUUUUUGCCAAGCCAGAGACGUGUCUGUGACUGCUUACCGUCCUCUUGGUGGCUCAUGUGGUGGAAUCGACUUGUUGAAUGAUCCCAUGGUUCAGAUUAUUGCAAGGAAACAUAACAAGUCUCCUGCUCAGAUUUUGAUCCGAUUUCAUAUCCAGAGGAAUGUGAUAGUUAUUCCCAAAUCUGUCAACCCUAAGCGGAUUCAGGAGAAUAUCCAGGUGUUUGAUUUUGAAUUAACAGAGGAAGAUAUGGAUGACCUUUUAAUUCUAGAUAGGAAUCUCCGACUGGCCACAUUCCCCACAACUGAACAUCACAAAGACUAUCCUUUCCACAUAGAAUACUGAAGGCAGCUUCCCUCUUCCUCACUUCUGCUCAGCUAGACAAAUCGCGAAGGCUGGAACCAUUGACCACCUCUGCAGAGGCUCUGUGGUCACAGUGCCAGAGGCAGCUGUGGCCAGGAAUGAGAGCAAUAGAGUUAGAGAUGGGUGGAUUCCUGCUUGGAAGAGAAGUUCUCUGAGAAAUCCAAAGAACUGACUUGUUCUGUGAGGUAGUAAGAGGGAAGUGCUGUGAGGGUCAUGUCAUU